AUGGCUCGCAUUCGUCAAGUAAACAGCAAGGCAGCUGCCACCGCCAGCACUGACGACAGCGAACCAGAAGAAGAGAAUCUCGAGCUUACGGAGGAAGAGCAAUGGCGGAUCGUCAACGAGACCGGCGUCUUGAAGCAGUUCGCUGCGCCGCACUCCCAGAAGCCUCCGGACGAAACGGAGGAGGCCUUGCCGCUAGCAGAGGAGAUAUUCAACGCAACCCUUUUUGUGAUACCUAUUCUGGUGCAUUGGCAGUAUGGAAAGCGGCCUACAUAUACGGCGUUGGCGGAUAGGAUGCUCCCAGGGGUGCCUAUCCUAUCGAUAUUCAUCUUUUACACGACCCGAUACAAACGCUUCCGCUGGAUGCAAUCCCUCUUCUUCCUCCUCUCCCUCGCAGUAGGUCCGCGCCUCAUCUGGCUCAUCAACAUGGCCUCCUGGCGCGUCGUCAUGAAGCAGUGCCCACCGCUGGCGACCAUCUGGGUCUACACCGUCGUACAGCUGGACUUGGGGCCGGCCGUCCUCAGUCUGGCCAUCAUCGGCGGCUGGUUGUGGUGCUCCGGCAUGAAGCUCGUCUUGUGA